AUGGCAACAAACGAAGCUUCUCGGUUGUCACCUGAGGAUAUGGUGAUUUUUUACAAACGUAAGGCGCAAUCAAUUUAUGCACAAGCGCAAUCGAUUGAACGGGCAAUCGAAGGCGAAAAAAUUAAUUCAUUCACCGAAGUAGAUUUAAAGGUACGGUUGGAGUGCCUCGAACAUAUUUCCAGCACGUUUAACUUGGCUCAUGACAGCUUAGAGGAGCUCAAUUUUGACGAAAUCGGCGGAGCACUGCGUUCAAAUUUUGAAGAGCUACUCCUUUUACUUCGGUGUCGUAUACGGCGUGAGAUUCAUAAACGUCAAUCUCAAAUGCCAUCCUGUUCAACCAUGCGGCACGAUCCGGUUUUGGAAGGGCAAACAGUUGUUUUGCAAAGUCGACCUCGUUUGCCUGAGCUCAGACUGCCUACAUUCAGUGGAGGAUAUACGGAAUACACAGAUUUCUUUUCCUUGUUUUCAACCGUUAUAGACAAGGAUCCGGACCUCACGGAUGUCGAGAAGUUGCAGCACCUGCGUUCAAAUCUGAAGGGACCAGCUCUGGAUGCAAUUCGUUCGUUGGAGAUGAGUGGCAACAACUACUCUGUGGCUCUAGAUUUGCUUAACAAAAGAUUCAAUAAUAAGCGUCUUAUUUUUCAGGCACACAUCACUGAGAUUAUGGGCAUCAAAAAGGUGGACACUUCUUCAGCGGUGAAGCUUCGUGAAUUAUCCGACAAGGUAAAUGCAAACCUGCGCGCCCUACGCACCAUGGGGACUUCGGAGCAAAUAGCGGGGUGUAUAAUCGUACACACUCUUCUGCAAAAAGUCGACAGCAUCACGCAGGCAAAUUGGGAGGAAGCUGCGCCGUUAGAUCUCAUACCCUCAUGGGAGCAGUUUACAAGUUUCCUGGAGAAGCGUUGUCAAAGGCUGGAGAAUGUAGAACAUUCCAUGGCAGCGUAUACUCGUGGCUCUCAGGUGGGAAAAAAUAGUAGAACUAUUAACCAUGGUAGAAAAUCAUUUAUUGCUACUAACAAUACAAACAAUUCAACCAAUGGCUGUGUUUUUUGCGACAACACAGACCAUGCUGUAUAUUCAUGCACCCCUUUUUUAAAUUUAUCUCCACAACUCCGUCUUAAGGAGGUCAAAAGGCUUGCUUUGUGUUUAAACUGCCUCAGAAAAGGCCAUCAGCUUCGAACGUGCAAUGCUGGUCUAUGUCGUACGUGUGGAUCCAAGCACCACAGUCUGCUACAUAUCGACUCCUCUUCUUCACUAAUGUCGUCACAAGGUCCUGCAUCUUCAGUGCAAGCAUCCUCCCAAUUAGCACCUCCAAACACCUCUAAGCUUGUUUCAACUUCAGUCGCACACCACACCUUGGCUGCAAUCUCACGAACAACGUCAAUUGUCACAUCUGCUCAGAAUCUCAGUCCUGAUGUUGUGCUUCUAGCCACUGCUGUCAUCAACGUUAAGAACAGCGCAGGUACAUGGGUACCAUGUCGUGCACUGCUCGACUCAGGGUCCCAGUUGCAUAUUAUUACGUCUCGUCUUGCUCAUCAACUGCAGUUGCGAAAAACCAAGUCAUCCACCUACGUAUCGGGUCUUGGUAAUGCAAACUUCGCCUCUGAUGGUUUGACUGUCAAUAUUAAUAUUCAGUCUCAAAACUCAGAGUACUCUACCUGCAUUACAGCGUUGGUUGCUCCUAACAUAACGGACAAUCAACCCUCUUUUACUUUGGAUAUUUCUAAAUGGAAAAUACCGUCGAACAUUUGUUUAGCAGAUCGAGGUUUUUUCAAGUCGCAACGAAUAGACAUGCUUAUUGGAGCCAGCCUCUUCUAUGAUCUCUUAUGCAUUGGACAAAUAAAGUUAGCUCACGGUCUACCGUGCCUACAGAAAACUAGGUUAGGAUGGGUUGUAACAGGUGGUGAAUCGCAGCGGCAAAGGGGAGCGAUAUUGGCCGCACAGUCAUCACUUGACAUAGGUUACGAAUCCAAUGUUCAAAUCGAUCAACUAGUACGUAGAUUUUGGGAGGUUGAAAGUUGCUGUGAAUCUGUCGCCACAUACUCCAAGGAAGAGUUCGACUGCGAGGCGCAUUUUAAGGCCAAUUAUUUGCGUUUGUCUACAGGGAACUAUUCGGUCCGGCUACCAGCAAAAUUUAAUAUUGACCUCUUGGGUGACUCUUAUCAACAAGCGUUUCGUCGUUUUCUUAAUCUAGAGCGAAAAUUGGACCGCCCCCCACAGCGGAAGGCCCAAUAUGCAGCAUUCAUACGGGAGUAUUUGAAUUUAGGACAUAUGUCACUGGUUACUAAAAACAAUCUGCGGUAUUGCAAAUACUUUCUGCCACACCACUGUGUUUUGAAGGAAGAGAGCACAACUACAAAACUUCGCGUUGUAUUCGAUGGCUCUGCAGCUUCAUCUUCUGGAUACUCGUUGAACGACUUGCUUAUGACAGGACCCACCAUCCAACCUAAGCUGUUCAACACAUUGCUUCGGUUUAGAACCUUUCCAAUCGCUUUGACGGGUGACAUAUGUAAGAUGUAUCGUUGUGUACGAGUCUCAGAGCCCGAUAGUUAUCUGCAGUGCAUCUUGUGGCGUGACUCCCCACAGCAGCCGGUCAACGUCUUUAAACUUGACACAGUCACUUAUGGUACAAGACCAGCUUCAUUCCUCUCAAUUCGUUCGAUGCACCAGUUAGCCAUUGAUGAACAAACUGUCUACCCCAUAGGCUCAAAAAUAUUAAAGCGCGAUUUUUAUGUCGAUGAUCUUAUUACAGGCGGUGAGUCCAUUCAAGAAGUCAAGGAAAUUAUGAGUCAAACUACAAAGCUGCUGGCAAAAGGAGGAUUCAAGUUAAGAAAGUGGUGCUCCAAUAAUCCUGAAUUGUUGCAGACGAUACCACCUGAUGAUCGAGAAACACUACUUAAGUUCGACGAUGGAAGCGAUAUAACUAAAACACUCGGUUUAACUUGGGAUCCUGCAUCAGAUUGCCUAUUGUUCGCGUUCUCACCAAUGCAGCCUUCAUCAAAACAUUGCAAGCGGUCCAUUUUGUCAACUAUUGCUCGUUUUUAUGACCCACUCGGUCUCAUCGGCCCUAUUAUUUCGAAGGCCAAAAUCUUUCUUCAACAAAUCUGGAAAGAAAGGCUUGACUGGGAUGAAAGUUUGCCUUCAUCACUACAUUCAUCGUGGCUUAGUUUGUGUGCAGAUUUUGGCCGCAUACCGCAAAUAAAGUUUCCCCGUUUGUCAAUCCAGCAGAAUGGCGCCUAUGAAAUUCAUGGUUUUAGUGACGCCAGCAUCGAAGCAUACGGAGCUUGUCUUUACGUCGUGUCAGUCAGUCAAGGAAGAAACCAGGCGCAACUGCUAUGUUCAAAAUCUCGUGUAGCGCCCUUAAAAACUCUUACGGUUCCAAGGCUGGAGUUGUGCGGUGCCUCCCUGUUGGCGCAACUCAUGCAUGAAAUAGCUCAAAUGAAACUUUUCUCGUGUCGAUAUUAUUGUUGGUCUGAUUCGGCGGUGGUGUUAUCCUGGAUCCGCGACGAACCUUCAAGAUUUCAAAUCUUUACAGCUAAUCGCAUAGCCACUAUACAGGAGUUGACUGCGGGUAUGGAAUGGCGCUACGUGCCUACGAAGUUUAACCCAGCUGAUAUUUUAUCCAGAGGUGCAACCUCUAACGACCUCAUUAACUCAUCUCUAUGGCUGCAUGGACCGGAUUUUUUAGCUCAAGAUAAAAACAAUUGGCCAAAGCCUUGCAGUCAAGUCAGUCAACUUCCAGAAAUGCGCAAAAGGGUGUUAUUUGCGACAUCUGAGUACGUCGACAUAACACUCAGGUGUAAAUUCAUAAAUUCAUUUGAAAAAUUACAGCAUGUCUUUGGUUACAUUUAUAAGUUCCAAAAUCGCUUGCGGCUUUCUGGAUUGACUGUUGAUUGCAUACGCCGUGGCACAAAACUACUCCUGCGCACCAUCCAAAGGCUUCACUUCAAAGAGGAUCUCAAAUUCCUUCAAGCCGGUCAAGGUGUGAAGGCAUCUAGUUGCAUUGCGUCGCUCUCACCGUUCAUCGAUAGUUGUGGAUUGCUUCGUGUGGGUGGACGACUGAAAAAUUCAGCUCUCGACUUCGAGGCGCAGCAUCCAGUCAUACUGCCGAGGCGUCAUCCUGUCACUCAGGCAAUCAUUAUGCAUUUUCAUAGGCGCAAUUUGCACGCGGGUCCUCGUUCCCUACUAGCAUACAUUCGGCUGCAGUAUUGGCCUAUUGGCGGACGAAAAACUGUUUCGAACGUUGUCAGCAAAUGCACUCUAUGCUUUCGAGCUAAACCGCACUUAGCGGAACAUAUUAUGGCUGAUCUUCCGGAAGAUAGGGUAAACUCAUCUUAUGCAUUUAUGGUCACAGGCGUCGAUUAUUGUGGACCAUUCCAUUAUAAAAACGAAAUACGCAACAAGCAGCCCAUAAAAUGUUACAUUUGCAUAUUCAUAUGUUUCGCCACGAAAGCUGUGCACUUGGAGCUCGUAGCAGACUUAUCAACGAAGGCAUUCUUAAAUGCACUAAAGCGGUUCAUCCUAACGCGUUGUCGCCCCACUCGUAUAUGGUCGGACAACGCAACCAACUUUGUGGGCGCUAAGAAUGAGAUGGCAGAAUUAAAACGUUUAUUCCUGAGCGAUAAUCAUGUGCAAGCAGUUCAUGAAUUUUGUCUAGCCAAUACCAUAGAAUGGCAUUUCAUUCCACCUCGCUCUCCACACUUUGGUGGGCUUUGGGAAGCGGCCGUUAAAACUGCGAAAUAUCAUUUUCAUCGCUCGGUGGGCUCGUCAUUAUUAAACUUCGAUGAACUGCGCACACUUAUUUGCCACAUAGCGGCAAUUAUUAACUCAAGACCUUUGUUUCCACUUUCAGAGAAUCCGGCUGAUUUAGACGUUCUAACUCCAGCUCACUUCAUUGGCACUGCUCCUAUCUCUACUUACGUUGAACCAGAUGUCACGAAGAUUAACUUUAAUCGUUUGGAUCAAUGGCAGCGCGUAUCAUACUACCAGCAGAUAUUUUGGGCACGUUGGCGUGAGGAGUACUUAACUACCUUGCAGCAGCGCUCAAAGUGGCGCACACAGAAUUUCGAACUCUGCAUCAACGACAUAGUUUUAGUAAAGGACGAAAAUCUGCCUCCUCUCAAGUGGCCCCUAGCAAGAGUCACUGAACUAAUAUAUGGAUCAGAUCGUGUGGCACGUGUCGCUGUACUAAAGACUGCAAAUGGAGUCAUCCGAAGAGCCGUCCGAAAGCUAUGCCCAUUGCCAAAACAGGAUGAGGUUGAAAGCCCGAGUCUUCCAACGGGGGGAGGAUGUUUGGUUAUGCCGAAAGUAGCGCAGUCAGCGCAACCAACAUAA